UCCUCCUUUCCUCAAUUCCUUGGGACUCCGCCCCAGGGGCAGUGCUUCCGAUUUCAGAGGUGGGGCUUGUGAGUGCCUAAAGGAGCGGGACAGAGUCUCUCACUUCUGUCCCCGGGGGCCGGCCAGCCUGGGCGAGGCUGGGCGGAGCGUCUAUUCCGUAAGGCUCUCCUCAACCCCCCGAGCGGAGCCGCCGGCGCCCUCCGGCCCAACGACUUGUCAACAGUCGCUGGGGUCCGGGAAGGAAGCUUAGGAAGCGGGCGAGGCCAUGCGUGCGUCCCGGAUCCCUUCCCAAAUGGACUGCCAGACUUGGCUCCAGGGAGGGGGCGGGAUGUGCUCCGCCGAGGAGCUGCUACGCGGUGCAGGCAGCGACGGGGAACUGAACGAGGAUAGGGACGGAGUCGACUCUGGGCUGGAGAGGCCGGAGCCGGGGCCGGGGCCAACGCCCGGGAAGACGACGAAGCAGGAGGGCGGCAGCCAGAGCCUGCUUGCCUGCUUGCCAGAGCAGCUGCAGCAGCCGGGGCAGCAGCAGCAGCAGCCUUGGCAGCGCGGGCGGCCGCGACAGCAACAGCAGCGUGGUCUUGGAAGAGGCGGCCAGGAGCAGCCGGAGCAGGACAUAGAAGAAUCGCAAAAUCAUAGUGUGGAACCUGUUAUAGAUGACUGCAAAAAGAUGGGAACUCUUUUUGGUGAACUAAACAAAAGCCUAAUCAGCAUGGGCUUCACAAGGAUGUAUUUCGGGGAACGGAUUGUGGAACCAGUAAUAGUCAUUUUCUUUUGGUUUAUGCUCUGGUUUCUAGGCUUACAAGCCCUUGGACUAGUUGCUGUCCUUUGCAUUGUCAUUAUUUAUGUACAAGAGUAAAACAUAGCUAACCCAUGGCUUGGUUUGGCAUGGCAUAUGGAAGCCAUGUUGUAUGUUGAUGAAUAUUUAAGAAAACGAGAACUACAGAAAUCUACUUUGUUACAAAUUAUGUCAGCCAUUUUCUAACUAAAUUUAUAAAUUGGUGCUCUUUGAAAAUAAAGUCAACUCUUCAUUAUUUAGGGGUUAAUUUUCAAGUAAUCCAAACCCUUUGUUUCCCACUAAUGACUAACAUUAUUACCCAAAACUGCAACAAAGGUUAUCACAUUUAAAGCUAUCAGUUUUAUUCCUUCUAAAUCAUUUAGGGAGAAAAAAGCUAAAGAACUAUUUUACUUGAAGAUCAUUUCCCAGAUAUUUCCACUUUCAUUUGGGGAUUGUUGGAUUUCAAUUAUCUUUGCCAUUCCUAUUCCCAUGUAUAAAUGAGAGUUGGGUUUUAUUGACUUAUCUUUCUCUUAUGAUAGAAAUUAAUCAUUUUUCAGAUGUCAAAAAGAGAGAAAGAGACAACAGAGAUAAAAACAGGGACAGAGACAUAUACUAUUAAUAGAGAAACUGCCCAAGUGGAAUGAAACUUCAUUAGGUCCAGAAACCACUUCAGUAUGUCAUUGAAAGUUUUAGGAAUUUUGGUGCUGGUGAAUUCUUUGAUAAUCCAGGAGCCACAAGAGUCUGGUAGUAGAUACUCAGAUGGCUACAUACUUAUCCUAUGAUAAGUCUAAUACCACAUGCCUAAAGUGGUAUUUUUUUCCUAUCCAACAAGCUUGAUUUUUUUUUUUCCCAUGGGGCACUUUCAGUGUAUUUUUACAACUUUUACAGUUUUUUAAUUCUUUUUUUAACUACUACUUUAAGAUACAAAUCAAAAUCUGUUUCUUAGCUGAACAGUGGAGUAUUUUUUUCCCUAAUUUGUUACAAAAUCUACAUCUUUUUCUCUUAAAAAAAAAAAAAGAAAGACUAAAGUUGUGUGUGUGUGUGUGUGUGUGUGUGUGUGUAAUAGAUGUAUAAUAUUAAAGAAACAGUUAAAUUUGGAGUUUAAUCAUCAAUCUUAUACAUGCAACAAGAUCAAAUCUGUGAAUCCUCAAAAUGGGGAAACAAAAGUAAUGGAAAAUAUAAGAGCACAUAAUGCUAAAUCAGAAUAUCUUAGCCAUAGGGUGUUAAAAAAAAUACAAUGUAUUUGUUUAAAUAUUUACUUUUUUAAAUUUAUGACUUUUUUAUUUUUACAAAAGGUCUUUGUACUCUUUGUGUGCUUACAUUGAGUUUGCAAAUAUUUUUAUACUAACAGGUAUACCAUUCUUCUAUAUUACUAGAAGUACAAACCACAUAAAAAGAUAUUUUCACUUAUACACAAGUACAGUUUAAAAAACAACAGAGAAUGUGAGAACUUAUAAAAUAUUAAUAGCUACAUUCUUUUGAAAUACUGCUGAGAGUUUGAAUUUUUGAAAUGUAACAGCUUAAAUCUUAAAAACAGCUCUGGUCCCACCAGUGCCUAAUGGUGAAUCUAUUUUUCAGUCAUUUUUGUUAUAAAUUAUUUAGUAUCCUAUUAGCACUAUACAUUGCCCUGUUAUACUGAUGAGAUAUGUAUGUAUAUCCAAUUAUGAAAAGUAAGCAGGCAUUUUGCUAUCUUCUUUACCACUUACCAUAGCAUAUCAUCAGGUAUUAUCAAGGAAGGAGGGGGAAGGAGUAGCUAAUAGCUUAUUUAAUGUAGACAAUAAUAUGUUGCCCCUAGGAAGUGUUGAAAUGCAGAUUAUAUUCAUUUCCCUAGAUAAAAAAAAAAAUCCUAUAACCUUGUCUGGUUGUGAAAUAAAUUGGUUAGAUAAAAAUGGUUAUUGAAUCACAUACUCAGAAAUGUAACUAAUUCAAAGAACUGGUGUUAUAUGUGAAUAAGAUGUAUAAUCAUCACCAUAUAAUUUACCCAUAUUAUUAGUUCUCAGUUUUUAAAAGAAGGUUUUAGGAAAUAAGAUAUAUAUCUCAUAUCAAAUAUAGUCCAACAGACUGACCUGGAUGAAUAAAUCUGCCUUCUUUUCAAUAAAAUAUCAGGCAUAACUGGGCAUUUUGUUUAUUUUAUUAUUUCUAAUCAGUCAUAAAUAUGUCAUAAGUAAGUCAGAAAUAUUUCUCUGAUAUCUACCACUGUAAUGUUCUUGUUUGGUUUUCUGGAGGUCUUAGGACCAGCCUUCAUUUCAGUUCAGUAAUCACCACAAGAGUAGCUAGGUGUUAAAGUCCAAAUCCUUUAUUAUCUCCUUCACAAUCUUGUCUCCUUUCCUGAGGCCCAGGGUUAGCUUUCUUAGAGGCCUUCUGGAAUCUUGGUUUCAGUCUCCAGUCCCCUUGUCUUCUCUGGCUCUCACUCUGGGGAGUUUGUCCCAGCUUAUAUGCCCUCUUAUAAUUACAUUAUUAUAGGUGUGAAUUUUAUAGAACUAUAUUAAGUACUAAGUACAUGUACUGAACUAGAGCACCAUGCUGAAUUAGAUAACCUUUGUCUUUAUCAAUUCCACUGACUUAACACCUUGUAAAAAUCCUUGUUUCAGAGUUCUGGUCCAUAAUAUACCACUAUAAAGUUCUUAAUCUUUGGUCCAUGAAAAGUGAUAUAUUUUGAUAACUGUACUUCAAUAAAUUGGUUUCCUCUGUAAUGAUAUAUAUUUUAUUUCAUGCAUUUAAAAUAUUGUAUUAAAAAUAUUAUUCUAUGACUUUUCAAA